AUGCAGAUUUUGAUCCCUAACACUAUUACUAGGCGCUUUGAUAAGCUAGAGAAACAGAUUGACUCUUUGAUGAAUAACAUUCAUUCUCAGCGACAGAAUGAAAACCCGUUGGCUGUCUCAACUCCACCACAUGACAUCCCUAGAUCCACCUUAACAACCAACGAGAAGCACGAAGGCGCUCAGUCAGUCAAUUACCAGAAAUCAGAUAACUCAAUUCGACCCGUGUCUCUUCCAGUGGAAUCUAUCCUGCCGGGUCACACUGUUUGGCCAGAGAACGAGCCAGCGGAAGCACUUUGCUUUAUUUUUCGAAGCGAAUUGAGCAUUUUCUUCCCAUUUGUUACGCCUCCCAACGAACCGGCAUCAGUGCUUCGACACAAUCACCCCUGUCUAUUCAAGGCUAUGGUAGUGGCAGCUUCCUAUCAAAAUAGAGCUCUCCAGAUUCGACGGGGUGCGGCUUUGACCGAGGAGCUCGCCAAGCGAUUGUUGAUUGAUGGAGAGAAAACCCGUGAUAUCCUGCAGGCCUUGCUGAUCUCCAUUGCCUGGUAUCAUGGGCAUCUCAAGGCAAACCCUCAAAUGACAAACCUUCUUCAUCUUGCUCUUGCAGUUCUUGCCGACCUCGGGUUUGAUAAGCCAGCUCACCUAAAUGAUCGUCGCACAGUGAUAUUUGACGCAUCAAGAUCAAGCUAUGGAUUUGCAGAGGAAACCAAUCGCAUGGAUAAUGAGGACCGCAGGACUCUAUUGGGUUGUUUCUAUGUAACCUCUGUGGCAUCUGCUGUAUUUCGACGUGUUGAUGCAAUACCGUACAGCCGGCAUCUUAACCAGGCAUUGCAAAUCCUGGUCGAAACGGGAAAGCAUCCAGCAGAUGAGUUGUUGGUUCUGCAUGUUCGUUUACAAAGCCUGGUCGAACAAAUUGCCCAGGUAGCACCGUUCGAUGAUCCACAUGGACCUCACAGCUCCUGGGCUCCGAUCACGAUGCAUAUUCGCUAUCUAGAACAGCAACUAACAAAUCUCACGCAAUCGGCAACCAAGUUCAACGGAAAUUGCCAAUGGCUCAUCCAUGUUCAUGCAGCACGAAUCUUUCUCUAUGAGGCCGGACUUUAUGACCCUCUAUGGCAGAAUGCGAAUACUGGUGCCCGACAGCAGCGGUUAGACACAAUGUGGAAAUGCCUUGCAGCGACAAAGUCUUUAUUCGAAGUAUAUCUCUCCAUGCCAGAUCAUAUGAUCUUUACCGCGUCAUACGCCCUUUGGGGUCUUUUGGCGUAUGGUCUGCUUAUCGCAUCUCGUCUCUGCUUAUCCAAAGUUGAAGGCUGGGAUGUAGACUUGGUUCGAACGGAACUUGACUUUUCACAAAUACUUGAGUUGGUGACACAGAAGACAGAUCAAGGCAAUGCGUUCGCACGCGCUCAUUGGUUAGGAGAUGGUGGCUCAGAUGAGCUGGUUGACCGGAUCAAAAUGAAGACAAGGAGAGUUCAGACUUGGUUCAAUCAAUACUUUCCCCGGAUAUUUGCACAACAUGACCCUGCUCUUGCCAUGGGUCCCGACCUUAGUUUCCUUCUAGGAAUCGAUGAUAUGUUCUGGGAGGAACUCAUCACAGGUUUCCAACCACCUGGUUUAUAG